AUGUUCGCUACCGCCCGUCGUCUACCCCUAGUUCGCCCAGUCGCCAGUCGCCGUCUGUUUCACGCCUCUGCACCGGCAUUCGUCAAUGUUGGUGACAAGCUACCUGAUGUCGACCUCGUCGAGGGCUCUCCAGGCAACAAGGUCAACCUAGCAAAGGAGUUGACCGGCAAAGGUCUCAUCAUCGCUGGCAAAGGUGUUCCGGCGGCCUUCUCGCCGUCGUGCUCCGAGAACCAUAUCCCCGGUUAUAUCAAUUCGCCCAAGCUGAAAGAUGCCGGCAAGGUCUUUGUUGUUUCGGUGAACGACCCUUUUGUUAUGAAAGCAUGGGGUAAGAUGCUUGACCCCUCAGGUUCCAGCGGUAUUCGCUUCCUGGGAGACCCCAGUCUCAGCUUCACAAAGGCACUUGACCUCUCUUUCGACGGCGCCUCCAUCUUCGGAGGCGAUCGUUCGAGGCGAUAUGCUCUAGUAAUUGACAACGGUGCCGUUAAAGCAGCACACGUCGAGUCUGACAACACAGGCUUGAAUGUCUCUGCAGCAGACAAGGUUCUGUAA